GCAUCCGGAGCGAGCGCGGGACUUUGGGACGUCGAUAUCGACCUCGAUCCAGCACCAGCGCCAGAUAAAGGUCCACCGUUUUCAGCACAUGCAGUGCGAGACCGCUCACAGCUCCCCUACGAGCUCGCGGGCAUCUUAGGCGCAUACUUUGGAUUCACAUUGAUUCUUGGAACUCUUCUUCUCACAGUUGGGAGAAGACUGCGAAAACAAGCGCAAGCGAUGGCCGAGAAACCCACAGAGAUGAUGACACCGUCGCACAAGGCCUACGACAGGUCGCCAAUAAGUCCGGGACAGAGCAGCCUCUUCGAAAGAAUGAUGAAAAGAAAGGACAAGAACAAACAUGGGUCGCCGGGCAUGGUCAGCGUGGCCAGCUUCGAUCAGAAUGUCGUUCAGCGCGACAGACAACGGCAACAGGCCGACCUUGCAAACAUCUAUGCACAUGUCUUGCGGGAAGAUGAGCAAGGCCUGCCACCAAAGUACCCGGUCAAUCGCACUGUGGACCAGCUUCGAUCUGGGGAAGGGUACGUCGGGCCUCAGAGUCCCACCAGUCCCAAAUCACCUGGGUUUGUCCCGGUGUACCCUAAAGACUAUAAGGGACCUACAUCACCGUAUUACUACGAACAGCCACAGUCUCCGCUUCGUGCCAACCGCGACACAAGAACAGCCUCUUUUGGCAGCGAUCAGACUAGCGGGACUUCAACAUCUGGUCCAGGCAAGCUGCGCAAAGGCGUUCGAAAGCUGAAAGAUCACGGACUCACAAUCAGUGCACCAUUAAGACGAGACGACAACAGCGAUGGUGCAAGAACGCCCCUAUCUCCUCGCACAUAUACGGAUCCAGGAGUUCCGCCAGAGCCACCGACGGCUGGUACCACGAACAGCCAAUACCCGCCAACAACUCCGGGUACAGCCAGAACAUUUGAGUCUGAUACGCUCCCAGCUCCACGCGAACCACCUUCGGCUUACCCACAGCAGCACGAUCCGUCGAGAAAUGAAGCGAAAGUCCCAGCUAUAAGCACAUCUGGCGAAAUGAUCAUGCCUGCGCCGCCUAAGAGGACGACCAACUCUCCGGUUUCAGGCACGAAUAAUCCGCUCCCACUCCGUGCUAUGAAUGAUCAGCUCAAGCAGCAGCAAUCGCAGCAAGACGUUUACAGGAAGGCAUUCCCUCUUUCGCCUGCGGCAAUGAGAUCUCCGAAUUCUGCGGACAUGAGAUCGCCAACAUCUGCGGCCCUUCGGUCUCCGACAGCGGCCAUGGCCGGAUCAAUGCAGUCUCCCGGCGCUCUUUUAUCUCCCCCAGGCAUGAAGUCUCCUGCGAUCGUUCGCCAGGAGAUUGAGUACGGAUCGACACCGUGGAGAGGGGCCCCGGGUACUGCUGGCCCCAAGACACCUUACAGUCCAUACAUGAGAGAAGCCCUUUUGACGCCCAUCUUGACGCCGCAUUUGACCACCAGGGCAGAGCGAAAGCAGAGGGAAAAGGAAGAGAAGACAUUCAGGGGCGCUAUCACUGCAGAAGAUCAGGUCGUUGACGAUAAGAACAUGUGGGAUGAUGCUUAUUGAGAGGAUGUUUCACUUCUCACCUCUUUCUAUAGCUCACAUAUUUACUGAAAUCUAUGCAGACGUCUUUCUAUGCACUG